AUGAACUUUCGACUUGCUACCGUCCAACUUCGCAGACGACUAUUCACCAUGACCUCCCAGGCCGACCGCGAUGAACAGAAAUGGAACCACAUCAGCGAGACUAUGCUCACUUAUCACAACUACUUCAAAGGAGAAUUUAACAAUUUAUACGAGCUCGCCGAUGGAUCCUGGACGAAGCGUGGAAUGAGUCUCUCCCUAUACCUCGACAAGGCUCGUCAACUUAACCAGCACCUCACCAUGCACCACACCAUUGAGGAGCGCCACAUCUUCCCCAUCCUGGCAACAAAAAUGCCCCAAUUCUCGACCGAGACAGACGACGGUCAUCUAGAGUCACAUAGAGGUAUCCACCAAGGAUUAGACCAGCUCGCAACGCUGGUAUCAAAAUUCAAGAAGGAGCCAAGCACAUAUUCACCCGAUGAAAUGCGAGCAUGCUUGGACGGUUUCAGAGAGGUCCUCUUCAGGCACCUCGACCAAGAAGUCAGCGAUCUACAAGGAGAAAACAUGAAGAAAUACUGGACAUUGAAGGAACUAGAUCUGAUUCCGAUUGCCUGGGUAUCAAUCAUGACUUUGCCUUCAACCGCUACGACGUCCGUCGAGACUUUGCCGUUAUAUGAGCAAGAAAUAGACAAGAGGCGCUCAUUGGAAGAUGCGGCAACCCCACUUCCCGAUGGUUGGUUUUGCAAAUAUGACGAACACUCGAAACAUCACUACUAUGUCGACAUGAAUAGUUCACCACCGCGUUCUGUGUGGCAGCACCCGCGUCAUGACCCGCCGCCUCCACCCCCUUCCAUCAAACCAGCUCGGAAAGGAUUUUUCGGAAAGCUCAGGAAUAAAAUUCAAGAGAUGGAAGCCGAGUCUGCGCAGCAGGAAGCCCAGAAGAAGGAGCAACUUCUUGAGCGAUACGCGAAAAGACGAGAACAAGUCAUUGCAGGAUUAGCCACAACUCCCACCACGUUUGGUGGUCAUGAAUAUGUUGGUCCGCCAGAGUCGCCAUAUGGGGGGAAGUAUUGUGCCCUUAUGCCUCAGAGAGUCGACGACAAUAUGGCCGGCUGGUUAGGUUAA